AUGUGGCGGCGCCCGUCUGCUACUGAUAUCAGCAAGGUAGUCUCUGGGACGGGCGAUGAACCUGGUGCGUCUGAAACAUUCAAAGAGGAUGCCAAGAUUAAUUUUGGGCUUGUAACGUCUGUUGAAUGGAUUGAGCUCGGCUCACAAGUCCUGGUUAUGCCGGGCAUUUUCAUAUCUACUUCUGCUGGGGUUUCUGUUUCUUCUGCUCCUGGUUCCGGUGCUGACAAUGCAAAUGGCAGUAGAAUGGUGCCGAUGUCUGGCUUCGAAGGGUUUGUUGGGGUGGUUUUUGAGGUGGUCCCUGGGACAUCUGUGGGGGCUGAAAGUUAA